AUGAAGAUUGAAGGUGUUCCUGGUACAGAGGAUGAGGCACACGACUCCCACUUCCAUGAUCAGUAUUAUGAUGGUGUUGGAGAAGAUGAAUCGAACGAUGAUAUUGAUAAGGCUGAAUGGACCAAUAGUGAAACCACUGCUGCAUUUUGUUCACUCAGUGUUGAGGAGAUCACAGCUGGCAACAGGAGCAAUGGAUUCAUGACUGCUAGAGGUUACAAUAAUAUUGCUAUCAAGUUUGAACAGAACAGAGGGCUACGACACUCUAGGAUACAGUUUAAGAACAGAUGGGAAGAACUAAAACGCUUCUACUCAUUUUGGUUGUGGCUUAACAAACAAACUGGACUAGGUCGAUCCCCUAGUGGGGGAAUUGUGGCAAGUGAUGAAUUUUGGAAGAAACAUACUAAGGGACAUGCUGCAUGGAGGAAGCUUAAAUAUGGACCACCAGAGAACCUUUCUGAGCUUGAGAUCAUGUUCGAACAUACUGCUGUAGAUGGAUCAACAUCUUGUGUGGCAGGAGAACAAAUGGAUGAUGAAGUCGAUUUUGGAGAGGAGGGAGGAGAUGAAGCCGAUGUGACUCCCUUGAGUGUUAGCAACAAGAAAAGAAGCUCCAACAACACUGCAACAGUCAUUAGUCCAAAGAAGAAAAUCAAAAGUCCUAUGGUGAGAAUAAUGAAGGGAAUGUAUGAAGAGAUGAAAGAAACCAAUGCAGCAGCACAAAAGGCAAUGCAGGAUAAGGUUGUGCAAGCGGAGAAGGUAUUGCAGGAGAAGAAGGAUUCCAUUGCCAAAUGCAUGUCCUUGGCUGUUGAGAAUGGGGCAUUAGAGGGAAGUGCUGAGCAUUUCAUGGCUGGUACAUUGUUCGUAAAGGAAGAACACCGGCAAGUGUUCCUCACUAUAACUACUAGUCCUGGGAGGCUAGCCUUUUUGAAGAGGUGGUGUCGGGCAAAGAAUGUCGAAUAGCUACAUGUUUUGUUUGUUAGUGGGUUGUUCCUAUUCUUUACUUAUUAUCAUAGGCCUUCAUGUAAUGAUGUCAUAUUUCUCUAUAUGGAUUGUCCGUACCUUUAAUAUAAAUGCACAACAUUGAUGACUCUAUUUUAUUUACUGGAUUGUUCCUACCUUUCACAUAAAUGCACAACAUUGAUGACUCUAUUUUGUUUGAAUUUAAUGUAGAUGAAUUGGUCAAGUGAUG